AUGGAGACUAUUCAAUUGAAGUACUCAAAGAAUUAUCGUUGGACAGCUUCCAAUAUACUGAGCCAAAAAAGACACGGAUCAUUGGAAGAACAUUGCUUGCUCUCAGGAAAGCAGUACAAUCGUUACAGGACUACUAUGUUAUAUGUGCACCUCGGCAGCACUAUUACUAUUGUUGUACCAGUGAAAUUUCCCUACAUUGCUUCCUUCAAGUUGGUUGAUGGCCAAUGUGAGGAAGUGUCAUUUGACUAUGAAGAAAAACUAGCUGGAGGUAAAUUCGUUUAUAUCAUCCGAGUGGCUGCUAGGAAGGACAUUCCAGAACGACUGCUUGUCAAGUUUGUGACAAGUUAUGGUUUGGACAUUCAUCAGUUUUGUGCAGAAAGGGGUUUUGCUCCAAAACUCUAUGGACAUCAGAAUAUCAACAGUGAUUGGAAAAUGGUCGUUAUGGAGUAUCUUCCAGACUAUAAAAUGAUAGCAGAUCCUCCACGUACUAGAAAUACAGCAAAGAACCUUAAUAGUCACUGGACAUUGGGAUUGACUUACUAA